CGCCGGCCCCCGCGCCCGCCGCCCGGCUCCCGCGGCCGCGGCCCCGAAGGGAGUCAGUACCAAAUGAGGAGGAAAGGCCGAGGUCAUCGCGCUGCAGCGAGGCACCCUUCCUCCCCCGGCAGCACUAAGCACUCCCCCACGCGAGAGACGCUGACCUACGCGCAAGCGCAGAGGAUGGUGGAGAUCGAGAUCGAGGGCCGCCUGCACAGGAUCAGCAUCUUCGACCCUCUGGAGAUCAUAUUAGAAGAUGACCUCACUGCUCAGGAGAUGAGCGAGUGCAACAGCAACAAAGAGAACAGCGAGAGGCCGCCCGUGUGCUUAAGAACUAAGCGGCACAAGAACAACAGGGUCAAGAAGAAAAAUGAAGCCCCGCCCGGCGCCCACGGCGCCCCCGCCUCGGCCGGCACGCUCCCCGAGCCCACAGUGCGCGUGGUGGAGUACAGCCCCCCGGCGGCGCCCCGGCGGCCGCCCGCGUACUACAAGUUCGUGGAGAAGUCGGCCGCGGAGCUGGACCACGAGGUGGAGUACGACAUGGACGAGGAGGACUACGCCUGGCUGGAGAUCGUCAACGAGAGGCGCAGGGGCGACUGCGUGGCCGCCGUGUCGCAGAGCGUGUUCGAGUUCCUGAUGGACCGCUUCGAGAAGGCGUCGCACUGCGAGAAGCAGAAGCAGGGCGGGCAGCAGUGCCUGAUCGACGAGGACGCCGUGUGCUGCGUGUGCAUGGACGGCGAGUGCCAGAACAGCAACGCCAUCCUCUUCUGCGACAUGUGCAACCUGGCGGUGCACCAGGAGUGCUACGGCGUGCCCUACAUCCCUGAGGGCCAGUGGCUCUGCCGCCACUGCCUGCAGUCCCGGGCCCGGCCGGCGGACUGCGUGCUCUGCCCCAACAAGGGCGGCGCCUUCAAGAAGACGGACGAUGACCGCUGGGGCCACGUGGUGUGCGCCCUGUGGAUCCCCGAGGUUGGCUUCGCCAACACCGUGUUCAUCGAGCCCAUCGACGGCGUGCGGAACAUCCCCCCCGCCCGCUGGAAGCUGACGUGCUACCUCUGCAAGCAGAAGGGCGUGGGCGCCUGCAUCCAGUGCCACAAGGCCAACUGCUACACCGCCUUCCACGUGACGUGCGCCCAGCGGGCCGGCCUCUACAUGAAGAUGGAGCCCGUGAAGGAGCUGGCCGGCGGUGCUGCCACCUUCUCCGUCAGGAAGACUGCGUACUGUGACGUCCACACGCCCCCGGGCUGCACCCGGAGGCCCCUGAACAUUUACGGGGACGUCGAGGUGAAGAACGGCGUCUGCCGGAAGGAGAGCUCAGCCAAAACGGUCAGGUCCACGUCCAAGGUCAGGAAGAAAGCGAAGAAGGCCAAGAAGACGCUCCGGGAGCCCUGUGCGGCCCUGCCGCCUGUGUGUGCGCCCUACAUUCCCCCUCAGAGAUUAAACAGGAUUGCGAAUCAGGUGGCCAUUCAGCGGAAGAAGCAGUUUGUCGCGCGCGCCCACAGCUACUGGCUCCUCAAAAGGCUGUCGAGGAACGGGGCCCCCCUGCUGCGCAGACUGCAGUCCAGCCUGCAGUCCCACAGGAGCUCGCAGCAGAGAGAAAACGACGAGGAGAUUCAAGCUGCCAAAGAGAAGCUGAAGUACUGGCAGCGGCUGCGGCACGACUUGGAGCGCGCGCGCCUGCUCAUUGAGCUCCUGCGCAAGCGCGAGAAGCUCAAGCGGGAGCAGGUGAAGGUGGAGCAGAUGGCCCUGGAGCUGCGGCUGACCCCACUCACCGUGCUGCUGCGCUCCGUGCUGGACCAGCUGCAGGAGAAGGACCCGGCCCGGAUAUUUGCCCAGCCAGUGAGCCUGAAGGAGGUUCCGGAUUAUCUGGAUCACAUUAAACACCCUAUGGACUUUGCCACGAUGCGGAAACGGUUAGAAGCGCAAGGGUACCGGACUCUCAGGGAGUUGGAGGAGGACUUUGACCUCAUCGUGGACAACUGCAUGAAGUACAACGCCAAGGACACGGUGUUCUACCGGGCCGCCGUGCGGCUGCGUGACCAGGGUGGCGUGGUGCUCAGGCAGGCCAGGCGCCAGGCAGACAGCGUCGGCUUCGAGGAGGCCUCAGGGAUGCACCUGCCCGAGCGGCCCCCCGCGGCCCCCCGGCGGCCUUUCUCCUGGGACGACGUGGACAGGUUGCUGAACCCGGCCAACAGGGCCCACCUGGUCCUGGAGGAGCAGCUGAGGGAGCUGCUGGACAUGCUGGACCUCACGUGCUCCAUGAAGUCCAGCGGGUCGCGGAGCAAGCGAGCCAAGUUGCUGAAGAAGGAGAUCGCCGUUCUUCGGAACAAGCUGAGCCAGCAGCACAGCCAGCCCCCGGCCGCCGAGUCAGGUACUGCAGGCUUUGAAGAGGACGGUGCUCAGCUGGGGCAGGAGACCGGGGAGGAAGGAGAUAAAUCUCCCCCUAAACUUGAACCAUCAGAUGCAUUACCUCUUCCUUCAAACUCGGAGACUAAUUCAGAACCACCAACCCUCAAACCAGUAGAACUCAACCCAGAGCAGAGUAAACUAUUCAAAAGAGUCACAUUUGGUAAUGAAUCACAUAGCACUUGCACUCAGAGCGCACUGGUAAUCGGACACCCUCCAGAGCCCACCCUCGCCAGUAGUGGCGAUGCGCCGGCGGCGGCCUCCGCGGUGGCGGAGCCAUCAAGCGAUGUAAACAGACGCACUUCUGUUCUCUUCUGCAAAUCGAAAAGUGUAAGCCCCCCAAAGUCUGCCAAGAACACUGAAACCCAGCCAACUUCUCCUCAGCUAGGGACCAAAACCUUUUUGUCUGUAGUCCUUCCGAGGUUGGAGACUCUUCUGCAGCCAAGAAAAAGGUCGCGAAGCACCUGCGGCGACUCCGAGGUGGAGGAGGGGUCCCCGGGAAAGCGCCUGGACACAGGUCUCGCCAACGGCUUCGGGGCCGCGCGGAGCGAGCAGGACGAGCGGCCGGGCGGCGCCCCGGGGAGGACGGCCGCGCCCCGCCGCCGCUGCGCCUCCGAGUCCAGCGCCUCCUCCAGCAGCAGCCCGCUCUGCGACGCCAGCUUUAGCGCGCCCCCGUGCGGCCGGGGCAAGCCCGCCCUGGUCCGCAGGCACACGCUGGAGGACCGCAGCGCGCUGAUCUCCUGCAUCGAGAACGGGAACUACGCCAAGGCAGCCCGGAUCGCGGCCGAAGUUGGUCAGAACAGCAUGUGGAUUUCAACUGAUGCUGCGGCCUCCGUCCUUGAGCCCCUGAAGGUCGUGUGGGCCAAGUGCAGCGGCUACCCCUCGUACCCGGCCCUGAUCAUCGACCCCAAGAUGCCGCGUGUGCCUGGCCACCACAACGGGGUCACCAUCCCGGCCCCGCCGCUGGACGUGCUGAAGAUCGGCGAGCACAUGCAGACCAAGGCGGACGAAAAGCUCUUCCUUGUCCUGUUCUUCGACAACAAGAGAAGCUGGCAGUGGCUCCCGAAGUCCAAGAUGGUUCCCCUCGGCAUUGACGAGACGAUAGACAAGUUGAAGAUGAUGGAGGGGAGGAACUCCAGCAUCCGGAAGGCGGUGAGGAUCGCCUUCGACCGCGCCAUGAACCACCUGAGCCGCGUGCACGGGGAGCCGGCCAGCGACCUCAGCGACAUAGACUGACGCGGCCGUGGCCUUGUCCAUAGUGUCGAUACGCUGUACAUACUGUAUAUUGUUCACCACUUAACUUAUUCUGAUUUUUAGGUGUAGUUUAAUUCUUUCUCCCAGGGAGGGGGAGGUUUUAUUUCCCAGUUUUCUAUGAAAUCAUCCCCGUCUGGGCACUCUGUGAAUGGCGUGGGCGCGUCCCCGGAGUGCAGCUCUGUGCCCCUCACAGGUCACUCCAGAGGGCGCUGCCGGCGUCACUUUCUUUGAUCUGUAGCUGGUUUUUGUCUUGUUUUUUUUUUUUUUUUUUAAAGACUUUUGAAUGUUUAAUAAUUUUGUAAAUCAUACUCUUUACACAGAGUACCACUUAUUUAAUAGAUGGGAUGUAAAUUUACAAUGACAAAUGUGUAUUUUAAGAAAGAAAAUGACAUUAUUUUGAAUGGUACUUUGUGGAAAGAGGUGGAGAAUAAAUUUAUGCCGCGUGCAUCACUUGCAAAUCACCAAAAACACUCCGCCGCCCCCGUGAGGGCUGGGGCAGGCGCCUCCCCUGGGCCUCGCCAGCCUCGCCAGCCUCGACCACUCGCCAGCCUCCGCCUGUCCGCUCCAGCCUCCCACGGGUGUGCCUCCCAGCGGAUUAUUUAUUGUAGAAAGUGUAUUCAUUUGCUUUAUAAUGAAAGAUAAAUUUGCAGAAGUAUAUUGAUAUGCAUUUUUAUACAGGCACAUAAAAAUUCAACUUGCUUCGGGAGCAGGAUGUGUUGGUUGUUGUAUAAAUGACUCUGGCUGUGUGUUCUUUGAUUUUGUAACUUGUAAUCUUUUGUUUACAAUGAGGGGCUUUCUGUAACUUGUUUAAUUUAGAACACUUUGGUAGCAAUAGAAACUUUGGAUACAUUUUUGUAUGGUACACGUGAUGUAUAUAGAAUUAGUACUUUAUUUUUAUUUUUAAGAGGUAAAGCAUUAUGUUAGGGGAAAAGGUAGGGUGGGUUUCCAAAAUUGCAUUUUUUAUAUUAAAAAAUAAAGUCAAGAUUUGGAUGGUGUG